AUGCGUCUGACUGUUAUUUCACGCAAGGGUUGCAGUUUUCUAUGGAGGAAGCUGGGCGAACACUACAAGAUUGAAGUAGUUCCUAACGCCACGAGAUCGAAACUGGAACUGAAAACAAAAGACUAUAAAAUUAUUGCCCAUUCCGAGAAAUUGCUGGCUCAAACAGUUCCUCGGUAUCUCGGUGAACACGGUCUGCAGGCUACUCGCAUACAAAACCUCAAGAUGUGCACAAUUCCUCUGUGGAUAUUUUCCUCAUUCGCCAUAAGGAACGUUAUCAGCUCAGAUUUUCAUCCCAGCAUCGCCGGUGGGCUUUGGAUUCCCGACAUGCUCGUUCCUGAUCCUUACUUUAUUUUACCCAUUGCAGUAGGAGUUUUUGGGUUCUUGAACCUUUACUCACAACGGAAAAUAUAUCCAAUUGCGAUGAGUACAUGGAAAACGCGGUCCUAUGAUUUUUGUCUGGGCUUCUUCACGCUUUUUGCUGUAACCAUCAUGUCGCAGUUGCCAGCGUGCAUACCGUUAUAUUGGCUGACAGUGUCGGUUUCUGGGCUAGUUCAAGCCCAACUUCUACGUCACCCAAGUGUGAAGAACCUGUUCGGCAUCAGUCGCCUGCCGACUGAUUCAAGGACGCCAUUCAGAGACAUCUUCUUGUCGAGACGCAGUUGA